AAACAAAUAAACCGACCCACCAGAAGAAAAAAAAUUGGGUUUGAGCUUCACUGAAUUCUCUCACUAAACUCAUCAAUGGCGAGUUCCGUUCUGCUCUCGCAUCCUCUCUCUUCUCAAUUCCACCAACCCAAACCCAAAUUCAAAUUCCUCCCUCCAAUUCCUCCUAAAGUUUCUCCUUUUCGCCUCAAAUCAAUCGCUCAGCAUAAACCCUUGAAUUCCCGAUUGGAGAAUAAUGGCCGUAGAAGAUUCCAGAACCUGGUGUUGACGCGGGUGAUGAAAACGAAAACCGAAUCCGAUGGUGGGGAUGAGGUUUCCGCCACGGUGGGUGAAGAUUCCGCCGAAUUCGUCUUGUCCGAACAGAAGAUUUCGUCGUGGCUCUAUUUCACUGCGAUUUUGGGGGUUGUGCUCUACAUUUUAAACGUCGCCUGGAUCGACAACUCUACCGGCUUCGGCAAAGUCUUCAUCGACGCCGUUUCCACCAUCUCCGACAGCCCCGAGGUUACAAUGCUACUCCUUAUACUCAUAUUUGCAGUAGUCCACAGUGGCUUAGCUAGUCUGAGAGACACGGGUGAGAAACUCAUCGGAGAACGAGCAUUCCGUGUGUUAUUCGCCGGUGUUUCUCUUCCGUUAGCUGUUAGUACUGUUGUUUAUUUCAUUAACCAUAGGUAUGACGGAGUGCAGCUGUGGCAACUUCAGGGUACACCCGGACUACACGAAUUUCUGUGGUUCUCUAAUUUCGUUUCAUUCUUUUUCCUUUAUCCGUCGACCUUCAAUUUAUUAGAGGUCGCCGCGGUUGAUAAGCCCAAAAUGCAUCUUUGGGAAACGGGAAUUAUGAGAAUUACGAGGCACCCACAGAUGGUGGGGCAAGUAAUCUGGUGCAUGGCGCACACCAUAUGGAUCGGGAACUCAGUUACAUUAGCAGCCUCCGUGGGUUUAAUCGGACACCAUUUAUUUGGCGUUUGGAACGGAGAUCGAAGAUUGGCCGUUCGAUACGGUGAAGCUUUUGAAGAUGUGAAGAACAGAACAAGUGUGAUUCCGUUUGCUGCUAUUAUCGAUGGCCGCCAGAAGUUGCCGCCGGAAGGUUACUGGAAGGAAUUUCUCCGGUUGCCUUAUCUCUCGAUAACCGGACUCACUUUAGGGGCUUACUUUGCUCACCCACUCAUGCAGGCGGCAAGUUUUCGGCUUCAUUGGUAGUUUUUAGAAACGACUCUGUUUCGAAUGGUUAAGGUUUAUAUAUAUAUCUAUAUUUAUAAUUAUAAAUGAACCACAGAUACAAAUGUGCACUGGAUAAACUCCGCUCGGUUUAUGGCUAAAACCAACACAUAAUUCUCAUGGUCACAUUCUAUUCCUAUUAUUCUUGCU